AUGGCCACCCACUCCGCCUCGACGCCGCUGCUGACCAACUUCGAGCUCGACGAUGCGGAGGACUACAACCACAGGCCGCCCCGGCCAACGCCGACCGACCGCCGCACCUUUCUCCUCCUCAUAUUCGCUUGUUUCGUCUCGGUCCUCUCUAUUCUCCUCAACUUUCUCCAUUUCUCUGCCGCCUCAGCGCCCCGCGGACAAUCCCCGCUCAAACUCGUCUACCCCAAUCCGUACAUCGGCCUUGACAGCGCGGUCCUCCCUUCCGGCCUCCCGCCGGCAAAGCCGAUCCUCAACUGGCCGCUGCUUAUCGCGCAGGUCAAUCGCUCCGAUCCACACACGGUCUACCUGCAGAACCCAAAGUGGGACUCGAGCUUCGGGAUGAUAUACGACGAGCAGCGUGAAUUCGAGGUGUCUACAGACGUAUCGACCAUCCUCCAAUUCCGGACACUCGACUUUGGGAUGACACGCUGCGUGCUGACACUGGAGAUCCCCUCGGCAGCCAACGCAGACGCCAACGACUUGCCCCGCAAAAACGUCCUCAUAGCGCCGCAGUCAGUCAUGCUGACCGUCAAUACCCUCGCGACAGACGCCUCGCUCCCGCCCGAAACGCUCUCCUGGGCCACAGCAUCCCGGCUGCACCGCAUUAAACGCCUUACUUCGUUCGGGAUAGCCUCAUUGGCGGCGCGGGAGGGCGUCGUCCUGCAGAGCGCGCCGUUCGUCUGUGCGGAGCGGUCGCUGCUCACGGUGGAGGUGACGUUGGAUGGGAAAGAUGGACAGGUGAAGUUUACGCAGGACCACAAGCUCCCGAGACUGGGGUUCUAUCUCAUGCAACAUCCCGCGGAAUCAUGA